AUGGACCCUAAUAUGUAUAACGCCUACGGCCAGGGCGUCGCGCCUGGUGAAGAUCCCAACAAUCCGAAUCGAAUGGCUUAUCCGAAUCAAGCCCCUCCGCCUCCUGGAAGCACUCCCCCGCAACCGGGUGCCUACUACGGAACCGCUGCCCCGAAUCAAUGGUCCGCCUAUGGUUCACCAUCUCCAGUACAACAUCAACACCAACAGCCGCCUACGAACUUUGCCCCCAGUCCAAAUGUCGGUUACGGUGCAGGGCUGCAACCUGCGAUGGGAGCUCCCGCAGACCCUGGGAUGGCUGGAUUGACGUCGCAGAUGGGAGGAUUGGGCAUAAUGGGAGAUGGAGGGGCUGCUCGGCCGCACAAGAAGAAGCAUCGACAUGCUCACCAUGAUAUCGGUGCUGGAUCUGCUGCUGCUGCUGCUGCCGCGCCAUCGCAACCGUAUGGUGCGAUGAUGCCCGGGGCAGGCAUGCAACCCACAUCGCAGUUCCUGAACACCGGGUUGAACCAGGAUCCACGGCCUAUUUCGCCAGCAGCCGUGCCUCAGCCCACACCUAUGGCUCCUGCACCAGGCUCAUCCGUCCCAACCCAAGGGAAAAUCGACCCGGAGCAAAUCCCCAGUAUCCCCCGGUCUCGCGACUUGCCGGCACAGUACUACUUCAAUCAUGUAUACCCGACGAUGGAGCGCCAUCUACCACCUCCAUCUACUAUUCCAUAUGUGGCCCAUGACCAAGGCAAUUCCUCCCCGAAAUACGCUCGUCUUACGUUGAACAAUAUCCCGUCAAACUCCGAUUUCCUUGCCUCUACCGCCUUGCCCAUGGGUAUGAUUCUACAGCCGCUGGCCCGUCUGGAUCCUGGCGAACAACCGAUUCCAGUGUUGGAUUUCGGCGACGUGGGACCUCCGAGAUGUCGGAGAUGCAGAGCGUACAUUAAUCCUUUUAUGUCGUUUAAGUCGGGUGGAAACAAAUUUGUCUGCAACAUGUGCACGUUCCCGAACGAUGUUCCUAUGGAAUAUUUUGCUCCCCUUGAUCUGUCAGGAUCGCGCGUCGACCGCAUGCAGCGCCCUGAAUUGAUGAUGGGAACUGUCGAAUUCCUGGUUCCGAAAGAGUACUGGAACAAGGAGCCCGUUGGCCUGCAACGAUUGUUUGUCAUUGACGUUAGUCAGGAGGCAGUCAACCGGGGAUUCCUGAAGGGAGUCUGUACAGGAAUUAAGGAUGCUCUCUACGGAGAUGAGUCUGAGACACCAGAGAACCCAGAUGAAGUGCCAGCACGAAAAGUCCCAGAGGGAUCCAAGGUUGGAAUCGUCACAUUUGAUAGGGAGGUGCACUUUUAUAAUCUCAGCGCGGAACUUGAUGAUGCGCAAAUGAUGGUGAUGACCGAUCUGGAGGAACCAUUUGUUCCCUUGAGCGAGGGACUUUUUGUAGAUCCCUAUGAGUCCAAGAACGUGAUUUCAUCCUUGUUGGACCGAAUUCCAAAGAUCUUUUCACACGUGAAAAACCCAGAGCCUGCAUUGCUUCCUGCACUCAAUGCGGCAUUGGGUGCUUUGCAGUCUACAGGUGGUAAGAUUGUAUGCUCCUUGUCUAGCCUGCCAACAUGGGGACCUGGCAAUUUGCACAUGCGCGAAGACCCCAAGGUGCACGGAACCGAUGCGGAGAAGAAGCUGUUCGCGACGGAGAAUCCGGCAUGGAGAAAGACGGCCGUCAAGCUGGCCGAGGCCGGAAUUGGUGUUGAUGCAUUCAUUGCGGCACCUGGUGGCGCGUACAUGGAUGUUGCUACGAUCGGCCAUGUUACUGGAGUCACCGGUGGUGAGACGUUUUCCUACCCCAACUUCCAUGCCCCGCGGGAUGUUCUGAAGUUGUCGCAAGAGAUGGCACACACCAUUGAGCGCGAGACGGGUUACCAGGCAUUGAUGAAGGUGCGAUGCUCGAACGGUCUUCAAGUGUCUGGGUACCACGGAAACUUCCUGCAACAUACGUUUGGAGCAGACCUGGAGAUCGGAUCUGUCGAUGCGGACAAGGCGAUUGGCGUCAUGUUCAGCUACGACGGGAAACUGGAUCCCAAGUUGGACGCACAUUUCCAGGCGGCGUUGCUGUAUACAUCAGCGGAUGGACAGCGCCGGGUGCGGUGUAUCAACGUGGUGGCCGCGGUCAACCAGGGAGGACUGGACACGAUGAAGUUUAUUGACCAGGAUGCAGUAGUUGGAAUUAUGGCCAAAGAGGCCGCGUCGAAAAUCCUGGACAAAUCGCUCAAAGACAUCCGAGCGAGCAUUUCGGAAAAGACGGUUGAUAUCUUUAGCGGAUAUCGCAAGAUCUUUUCGGGGUCACACCCUCCAGGACAGCUUGUGCUGCCUGAAAACCUGAAGGAGUUUUCGAUGUACAUGCUGAGCCUGAUCAAGUCGCGAGCAUUCAAGGGCGGACAAGAAGCGUCAGACCGACGGGUGCACGACAUGCGGAUGGUGCGGUCGAUAGGAUGCACGGAGUUGAGUUUGUACCUGUACCCCCGGAUCAUUCCGAUCCACAACAUGCAACCCGAGGAUGGAUUCCCGAACGAGCAAGGGCAGCUCCAAGUGCCACCGACGCUGCGGGCGAGCUUUUCCAAGAUCGAAGAGGGAGGGGCGUACCUGGUGGACAACGGACAGGUGUGCCUGCUGUGGCUGCACUCGCAGGUGUCACCGAACCUACUGGAGGACCUGUUUGGGGAGGGCCAAUCGUCAUUGCAGGGGCUGAGCCCACAGACGUCGACGGUACCGAUACUGGAGACACACCUGAACGCCCAAGUGCGCAACCUACUGCAGUACCUGUCCACGAUCCGGGGCUCGAAAGCGGUGACGGUGCAAUUGGCGCGACAGGGACUGGACGGGGCGGAAUACGAGUUUGCACGGAUGCUGGUGGAAGACCGGAACAACGAGGCGCAGAGCUACGUGGACUGGCUGGUGCACCUUCACCGGCAAAUCAACCUGGAACUGGCGGGACAGCGGAAGAAGGAGGAAGCGAGUGGCGAGGGGUUAUCGGGGUUGGCAGGAUUGUCACCGCAGUAUUGGUAG